AUGUGUGCCAUAGCGACUGUGGCAAAGAGUUUCCAUCGCAAGCUGUACUUUGAUCUCGCCAUCUCAGAUGUGUACUUUCCAACUGAAUGGCAAAGGACACAACAUGAGACUGUGCGCAAGAUGAUGACCUCCACGAGCGCACGGCCAGGAACUCUGCUUUGGGCUUCCGGGUGCUGCAAGAAGAAGAAAGAUGCACUCUGCUGGGGGGACACUGAGCUGUUCAUUGUUAUUGACCCCGAGCGCCCUAACUGCAAGGUUCUCCUUAUGAGAGUGCGGCACCGACUCAAUAAGGGUAAAAGGAACAAGGGAAGAGCGACGUCUUCCAGUUUGCCUUUGAAGAUGACGCCUUCAGCAGCAACAGGAUCCAAGAAGCCCAAGAUAUCUGAUGUUCCUGCUCACAGGAAGAGUGUGCCAAUCCAUUUCAAGAAAGAAAUGGAGCGUAUACCGAUAUUCCAAUCUACAACUCGAGAUAAAGAGGGGAACUGGAUCACCCACCCCACAGAACCUCUUACCUAUACACAGUUCUGUGAAGAUGAACGCAGGCUCGAUAGAGCUUGGGGCGCGGCGGACAAUGGAAGUCCUUACAAAUAUCGGAAAAGUAAUGCAGCCGCUAUAGCAGAUGCUAUGAUCAGGCUCUCCACCAACUCAAGCAUCACUCGUGAUCCAUCAGCACCACGCGGCCUGACACCCGCUCAGAGGCGGAGUGUUGAAGGAGGCCCAAACCUGAUGGCACUUGAGAGAGACUGCAUAGAGUUUCGGGACGCAUUGAUUACAGAAUAUGGUACACUAAGUAAAAUAAAGGACAUGACCAUACUCCAGGACUAUCGACAGCGAUGCAACAAAGUCCGAACCACACGCAGGCUACUGCUGAAAGAGACAGGGGACAAAGCCUACCAAGAUCACUUUGACAAUAUCGGCGAUAUCAUCAUUGAGAUGAACUACAGCGGGGAGGGUUGUCCAUACAACCCUGGCACCUCCUCAUUCUGCCUAAACGGAAAGCCUUGGUCGCAAUUGAGUUCCAGAAUCGUGAUGCACCUUGCCUCAAGACCAAAAGCCCUCGCUGAAGACAUUUUGUCCAAUGAUAAGUGGAGCCCGAGUGGUCUGGAAUGCCCACUAUGUCUAAACCAUGACAGUUUCCAUCCGCAAGCACAGCAAUUCAGCUACUGCAACAAGUAUGUGCUGAGACGCCAUAAAGAGAAGACCCAUCUGCAACAUAUGGACUUUUCCAAGGCAAUACGGUGUUCAUAUCUUGAUUGUGGGAAACUUCUGACCUCCGCGGAACAAUCCUCUGCCAUUUCACAACUGCGCAUGGGACUCAGUUGCCAAUGGGGUGGCGCCACACUUGACUACAACAAUGCACUCCAGUUAUUAGAGUAG